GCCCAGCUAUAUUCAAUAUGGCCGCUACUCGUGAGGAAGUCAAUCACGUAUUGUGCUUCGUCGAAUAAGUUUUUCGUUUCUGCGCGCUUGCAUACUUCGUGGAUUGACUAUUUUUCAAUUAACCGAGGAGCCACUUUUAUCUUUCUUCGACGACCUCGUAACGAAAAAUCUGUCAAGCUGGCGCCCUUCAAGCUUCGCUUUUCGAAAAUGUCGAAAUCGCGCAACGGCGGCUCCGAGGGAAGUCGCAGCAAUAGCGUCGAGUGCGACGAAGCCAAUCAGCAACAGAUCAAUAUUCAAUCAUUGGUCAAUUCGGCGAGCAGACCGGAAACGCCUGGUACGGAGAAUGACAGUUUGGCGGUAGGCGUCGACCGAAUCGUAGCGGAUUCAGCACCGCCGUCCUACGAGCACGCGAUCGAGGAGACAAGACUGGCGCAGUACGCAUCGAAUCCAUUGGACCACAAGGGAGAGGACAGGGAGAAGGAGAAGAAGGAGGAGGAAGAAGAGGAGGACCAAGAGGAAGAAGGAGAGGACAGUAGAGGAGACGAUAAGAAGCAAAGUGAAGAGGAACGAAAUCCAGAAGGAGGUGGGCCUGGCGGUGGUGGUAAUUCCCAGAGGAGGACUCCGGUAAAAGGGCCGGAAAUACUUCACAAAUCAAGCAAAGAAUUGUACAGGGCUGUUGCCAAGCAAUGGGGAAUAACUUGCAAGAUGAGUGAUCGGUGCAGAUGUUUCGAUUGUCAGGGCCGUUAUUUCGACUGUGAUAACGAAAGAGACCAACAGCAGAAGAGCGACGGUGGCCUUGGUACGAUUACACCUGUAUAUCUAUCAGAAGUGAUGCACGGUACAGCCUGCUUGCUAUUGUAAGUAAGUAAAAUAGAAAUUAGUCGAUAUCAAUGUCGUAUGGCGUAAUCGCACGAAGAACGAGAGUCUGAAGAUGGGAAUGAAAGAGAAGAAGAAACAAAGAAAAAGGAAGAGGAAGACAAAGGAAAGGAAGAAAUUCGUAACGUACCUGGAAGUCAUAGGGGGUUGGAAGGUAAUGAAAGAUAUUCAUGAAAAAGAAAGGACAGGAUAUGAAUCAAGAUUGUGAUCGAUUAUCGGUAUCUCGAAGGACCUGAUACUAUUAUUCCGGAAGUGGGAACACAGUUAUUGGAAUAGAACGAUCAUAAUGAUCAGUGAUGUAAUAGUAACGUAAUCACGGAUUGACCAGGAGUUAUCGUGUCUGUCUGCGGUACAUAGAGAUGAUAUUUUAUCUAAUGCAUUAAACUUAAAUGUUAAAUGUGUUCUAGCUACAGUACGUACUUGAUUCGGCAUAUCUGACUAAAGAAAUUCCCUAGGAUUACCACCGGUGAACCCCGAGUGGCGGUAAAUGAAUUUCCCUAUGUUUCGAGGCUGUUGAAAAGUUAGUAUGAUACAGUUAUUGGAGUCACAGUCAGUGUCUGGUAUUGUCUGAUUAAAAUUUUUGGAGCUGAUAAAUGUCAUGGUUUUUGUUUUCUAGUAUUGUUGGACAUUUUCUAAUGCUAUAAAUUCCCUAUAAGGCUCAAGUGAAUGUAUUGUUUAAAUGGCUACCUUAAAAGCUGAACUCAAAACGAUUGAAAGUAUUGUCUGAGCGUCGUGUCGAUCGUCUAUUUCGUUGGACAGCUCGUAACAUUCGUUAUGUACUAUUCUCGUCGCGAUAUGUAACAGAUAUAUACGUAAGUAUACAGGGUGUCAAAUUUUAACUUAGACACUGCAAUAUCUCCAAAGCAAGGAGUUUUCGGAAAAAAUGUUUGAGAAAAAAUUGUUCGGGCUCGAAGAGGGCCAUCUAGUGAGAUACCUGAAUUUUUGGCCUAGGGCCUGUGUUGGGUACUAUGAGGCUCAAGUCCAUUUUUUAAAAUGAGAACCACUAUUUUUUAUUGCAAAUUCGUGUUGUAUAAAAAAAUAAAAAAAGUUUUCUUCUCAAUCAUUUUUCGGAAAACUCUCUGCAAUAGACGCAAAAGGCCCUCGAAGUUCAAUUCUGUAAUACGUUACAAAUUUCGGUUUCUUGUUAGCGAUAAUAGUGACAUGGACUGGUAAUUUGAUAUUGCAGUGUCUACGUUAAAACGGGACACCCUGUAUACUCAGUUUAUAAAUAGAGCAAUUAAUAAGAAGUUGCAAUUUGAGUAUGAUAAAAAAAAAUGGAUGAAAAUAAGUCGAUAACUAGGGCGGGAAUUUCAAAAUUGCUAGAUUAAAAAAAAAUGAUUUAACGAGGAAACAAGUGAAAAGAUAAAAUGGAGUCGCGUUGGCAGGCAACGAUGUACCUGCGAAGUUAUCUUACCACUCGUACGUAAAUUCUUGUAUGGAUUAAUAAGGGAUGCUGCAAGAUGCAGAUCUGCAUCCGAAUGGACAAGUGCAAUUGAUUCGAUCAUACGCACAAUAUCUGUCGAGUAUCUGUAAAACACUGUGUAAUGGCUUCGAUGACUUUUUGUAAUGAGAUACCGUGUAUAGUAUAAUGUCUAUACGUGUAAUCAUUAAUGGAUGUAAUACGUACAUUGGAAACACGCGAAAUAUUGUCAUUAUUUUAUAUAGCCGACGAACGUCACGGGCCGAUAAUUCUAAAUGGCCUAAAACACGUGUUUGCUCUGACAACCGAAAACAAAAAUUUGUUCCUGAUAAUAAGUAGCCUUUUCCAAUAUUCAAUAAUCGAGUCAAUGAUUAGACUACGAUUGUGAGCAUGGAUCUCUAUACAUAUAACCCUAGACAUAUGUAUAGGUCUUGUAUUACGAAUUAUUGCAUAUGGCCGAGAGGCGUUACUCGUGCAAUUGAAAUAUCCAACUCGUAUCUUCCUCCUGUGUACUGGAAAGCAGGUUAAUUAAAAAUAUUAAAGUCAGGUAUGAAAAGUAUGGCCUCCAAAAUGCGAAUUUUCUUAGUAAUGACAGAAGAAUGGAUGACGGGUGUAUUUGAUGAUUGGAGCGUCGAAGGAGACAGUUGUACAGUUGGAAUGAGAGAGAAAGCUAUGGAAUAAAAGGGGUGGAAGAGGGGUGGAAAAUUGGGAACUGAGUAUCGUUAAGAAAAAUCUUCUACCGUGAGAGAGUCGAGUAUUUCGACGUGGGAGAAUCAUAGCGAGUGUACCUAAAAUAUUUUUUGUACGAUUGUGUUCUUCAUUCAUGCUUAUGUUCAGUACGACUAGAAUGAUUCGUGGGACGAUUACUUUGAUCAAUGACCAUUAUUUUCUCAUGUAAGAAAUGGCGUGAGUCACGUGAUAAGAAAAUAAUUUUUGUUUAAAUCUAUUUUGGAUCCCACUAGUUUAUUGCGUUUCUUAAAAUUAUUGUAUUUUAUUUUGAGAAAUUUUUAGGACACUCCUUUUCGAGUAACAUAACGUCCAUUAUAAGUUGGACACUGCGAAGUCAACGAACUGCUAAUCGACGCCGAAUAAAGUGUUAAGUACGAAAUGAUGAUAGGGUGAAUAAAAAAAAGAAAAGAAAAAAAAAGGAAAAGAAUAGUUGAACG